UGAUUGAGUCUCCAUGAGUAAAAGAGGCUUACCAAAACUUAUCAGCCCCGAAAAGGCCCACAAAGAAGAGUGAAAACGGCGGGUGACUCGAGCUUUUCUUCUUCUCUUCUAGUAUCGCUCUGCAGCUCGAAUCCCAACAGUUCUUCUAGCAUGGAAUCGGCCGACAAAACUAAUUUAUUGGGUAAGCGAAAGCGAGAUCCAAAAUAUGAAUGGGAGAGCGAACGGGCUCUGAAGGAAGGGCCCGGGUGGAAGGGGACAACGUCAAGGUUUUCUUAUCUUCUCCAGAAGAUCAAAGCAGAGGUCGAGUUGUUGAAGGCAAAUUCUGAGGCUAAUUUGAUUCCAGCGAAGGGGACAGUGCAAGGACUUGAUGAAACUCCCCAUUUUGUUGAGGGAGUUGCCGCGAGAAAAAAGACGCUCAUUCACAAUUUCUCUCCCCAAACCCAAAUAUCAAACAUCAUCAAAUUCUUCAAAGAUGUUGGAAAAGUCGUUCAUGUUCGAACAGUUGUAAACUUCAGGGGCUCGAAUCUUGGCUUUGGCUCUGUCGAGUUUGCCUCUGCCAACAAAGCAAUGAUGGCACUUGAAAAGAAGAAUUGUGAAUAUUUGUGUGGUAAGAAUAUUACUCUUGGCUUGGCUAAGAUAAUUCCAUACCCUCAAAGACCCAGGUUUUCCAAAGAACACAAGAUUUGGUACGAAGACCACAUUCGACAAGAAAUCUUCCCGCUAGAAGAAGGGGAGAUACCUCCACAUUUUUUUGAGGCCACUGCAGCCAGAGAAGAGACGAUCUUUGUUGCCAAUCUUUCUCCCCAAACUAAAAUAUUACAUAUCAUCGAGUUCUUCGAAGAUGUUGGAGAAGUUUGUAGUGUUCGACUUAUUGUAAACCAAGAGGGUAAGCAUGUGGGGUAUGGCUUUGUUGAGUUUUCUGAUGCUUUCAAUGCAAAGAAGGCACUGAGAGAGAAGAAUGGUGAAUAUUUGCACAAUCAUAGGAUUUGUCUUGAUGGGGCCAAGACAGCUCCAAACUCCCCACGAACCAAGUACAGCCUUGCAGAGAAACUUUGGUACGAAGACUACCUUUUACGAGAAAGCCUUCUGAUAGAAGAAGAUGAGACAAUGGAAGGACUUGAUGAGAGUCCCAAUUUUGUUGAGGCAGUCCCCUUGAGAAGAAAGACACUCUUUAUUGACAAUCUGUCUUGCCAAACUAAAAUAGGCGACAUCAUCGUUUUCUUCAAAGAUGUUGCAGAAGUUGUUCAUGUUCGACUUAUUGUAAACAGCAAUGGUGAGCUUGUGGGCUACGGUUUUGUCGAGUUUGCUUCAGCUGACGGAGCCGCAAAGGCGCGCGAAAAGAAGGAUGGUGAAUAUUUGUGCGGCAAUCAGAUUAGUCUUGGCAUGGUUGGGACCCACAAGCGUAGAGUCUGGGACCCUCCACCAACCAUGUAUUGCAUAGAUCACAAGGUUUGGUACGAAGACUACCUUCGACGAGGAAACCUUUUGAUAGAAGAAGAUGAGGGAGUGGAAAGUCUUGAUGAAUUGGUUGAGGAAGUUCAGGAAGUUUCUGUGAGAAAAAAGACACUCUUUAUCAACAAACUCCCGGUCAAUGCUAAAAUGCACCAUAUCCUCAGUUUCUUUCGAGACUUUGGAGAAGUUAGUGUUCGACUUGUUGUAGAUUUCAAGGGUAAGCAUGUUGGCUGUGGCUUUGUUAAGUUUGCUUCUGCUUUCGAAGCAAGGAAGGCGCUGCAAGAAAAGAAUCAAAGUGCAAUGUGCCGUCAUGUUAUUUCUCUUGACGCGGUUGAGAUAGCUCCAUAUCCUCUCAGACCCAAGUACAAACUUGCAGAGAAGCUUUGGUACGAAGACUACUAACGACAAGAAAGCCUUUGGAUGGAAGAAGAAAAUAUGAAGAAAUAGUUUUGCGGUAAGAAGAUUGUCGUCGCUGACGACUAUGAUUGAUCUGUCUUGAUUGAUUUGGUGGACAAAAUCAUGACAUAUGCUUUUUUUCCAGUACAGUCUCAACUUGAUUGUAUAGAUUCACUCUUUCAUACGGAGUAUCUUUUACCAAAGCGAAAAGAAGCGAUAAAUAACACAAGACUGAGAUAUUAGCAUGAUGAAUAUGUGGGUACAUGGACCAAAAUUGUUGGCGUAUACUAAAUAAAGUUUAGUUUUUUUG